CUGCGGCUAACGCAUGGUUUCCAUGGCGAUGGGGCCUGCGUCACCUUCCUCGCCAUGCCCAGGGCCAGCGAGGCGCUGUGGGAGCUCGCCCAGGCCGAGGCGGAGCGGGGAGGAGACGCGGAGGGCGCCGCCGAGAAAGCCCUCCUGUUCCUGGGGAGUAAGGCCGGGGGAAAGACUACUAUUAUACUGAGGUGUCUUGACAGGGAGGAAAUUCCAAAACCAACAUUAGCCUUGGAAUAUACAUUUGGAAGAAGAGCAAAAGGACAUAACACAAUCAGCAGUCAUGUGCAAGACAAGCCAAAAGACAUCGCUCAUUUUUGGGAACUAGGUGGUGGAACCUCAUUAUUGGAAUUGAUUCAGAUACCAAUAACUAGUGACAACAUAAGGACAUUUGCUAUAGUUCUUGUUUUGGAUCUCUCCAAACCCAGUGAACUCUGGUCAACCAUGGAAGGUCUUCUACAGGUCACCAGAAACCACCUGAACAAACUUAUAACUAAGUUGGGAAAGACAAAUCCUAAAGUCGCUACUGAAAUUCGAGAGAUGUGGAACAACAUACAGAAGGAUCAUCCGGAUUAUGAAUUAAUUGACCCUUUUCCAAUUCCUCUGGUGAUAAUCGGAAGCAAAUAUGAUAUUUUUCAUGAAUUUGAUUCUGAAAUGAGGAAAAUAAUAUGCAAGACUCUUCGAUUUGUUUCACAUUAUUAUGGAGCAUCAUUAGUGUUUACAGGCAAACCUGAUACCCUUCUGCUGAAAGCACGUAUUCUUAUUAAUCAUUUGGCCUUUGGCUUUGAAAGAAGCAAAUCCAUAUCAGUGGAUCAAAAUAAACCACUGUUUAUCCCAGCAGGAUUAGAUUCUCUAAGUCAAAUAGGACCACCACCUGCCUCAGACAGUGAUAUUGGAAAACUACAUGCUCAUACUCCGUUGGAUUUGUGGAAGAAAGUAUAUGAGAAAGCAUUUCCACCUAUGAGGAACAGUGACUUAAAAGAUUCCAAGGAUCCUGCCCUGGAUCCCCAGUAUGCUGAGUAUGAAAUAGAUGCAAUGAGAACUCAGAAGAACCAGGAACUGGAACAAUAUAAGAGAAAUGCUUCCAAGUCCUGGAAAGAAAUGGAGUUGGAAUCUUGACUUACUUAAAGGCCAAAUUCUUACCCUGUUUUCAAUUCUGAUUUUGUACAUUUGUUUUGACUAUUACACAAAUCAUUUAAAUAGGUAUCUAGUACAAUUGGCAAAAUAAUACCACAAACGCAGAAUCAUUAAACAGUUUCUGUACCAUUCUA